CCGCGCCCCAAAAAAAAAAGAAACCAAAAAAGUUUCACCGUCUGGCCUUUGUCGGGCGGUUGAGUGGAUGGGCCAAUUCUCUGCAGUUGUAGCUUGCGCGCGCACACCAUGUCCGGGCCGCCCUCUCCCGCGCGGCCCAGCCUGCCCUGGCGGCUGGCGUCCAUGGGCGUCAUGGGCUCCGUCGGCGUCGCCUCACGAGCCUUCAUAUACGGCUUCAAUGACGUCGAGGUCCGUGGCCUAGACCGUCUCCUCGGCGUGCUCGACCGCCGGAAGGCGCAAGGUCGUCAGCGGGGGCUUCUGACCGUCUGCAACCACGUUGCCGUACUCGAUGAUCCUCUCAUCUGGGGAAUACUACCUCUACGAUACUGCUUCGAUGUCGCAAAUCUACGUUGGGGUUUGGGCGCCCAUGAUAUUUGCUUCAAAAACAAGGCCUCGUCAACCUUCUUCAGCCUUGGCCAGGUCCUUCCAACCCAUCGUCUGUGGCAUUCAUCUCACGGCGGCUUGUUCCAGCCAACAAUAACAGAGGCUAUCAAGCUGCUAUCCGGCCCCUCGUACUCGCCGGCGCUCUCUCCUCCAUCCUGGGUCCCAGCCUCAGUCCCGGCUGUGGCUCCGGGCACGCCUUCAUCCUCACCAUCAUCUCUCGCAGAGUCCGAUACACCAUCAUUCUCGACCAAUGGGGUUGACAGCUUUACUUCACCGGCCGCCUACGCUUCUAACCGCAAUGCCUGGCUCCACGUCUUUCCCGAGGCAUGCUGCCACCAAAGUCCGGACAGUGGGCUUCGAUACUUCAAAUGGGGAGUGUCUCGGCUUAUACUUGAGAGCGAUCCGGCCCCUGAGUUCAUUCCCAUGUUUAUUCACGGUACACAGAACAUCAUGCCCGAGAACAGAGGAUGGCCCAAGUGGGCGCCGCGCAUCGGAAACAAGGUGAGAGUCGUCAUAGGCCAGCCAACCGAUGUUGACCAGCUUUUUGGCACCCAUCGUGCCGCCUGGCGAAAGCUGGCAGAAAAGGGCGACCCGGAACUCCUCAAACAUAGCCCCGAGGCUGUUGAGCUCAGGAUCGCGGUGGCCAAGAAAGUUAGAGACGAAGUAGAGAGAUUGAGGGAAAGCAUGGGCUUCCCUGCCGAAGAGGACCAGUCGGCUGCCCUGGCAGAGACGUGGAUAAAGGAGCCUCACAUAAAGAAGUUUAAGAGUCCCGUGGAUGGCAGUCUUGUAAAUAGACAUUGAAUGGCCCAAAAAUAGAAAGGACGGAAAAAGAAAUAUACACGAAUCACUGAGGU